UGAACAGAGUGCUAACACACACAGACCCAGUCUGUAACAGGUGUAAUCACUCCUUCAGAAUGGUUUUGGUGGUGCUGAUAUCGCUUAUCCUCCCCUCUCUGGGGUUUGCAGGUGCUGACGAGGAGUGUGUGUACGCUACUGUCGGGAAGACCAAGGUGAUUGACCAUGAUUAUCCGGGCCUGGAGUUGUUUGAACAGUCAUUCCACUUACGGUGGACCCAUGACUCUAAGAUAGUUUACGACAACAAGAAGAAUACUGCAAAGAAAUACCAGACCACAAAGAAUGGUUCUCUGUUACUGGAGAACCUACAGCUGGAUAACGCUGGGACGUAUCAGGCUACCAUCUACGACAACCUGGGAAAUCACAUGAAGUCUACCGUAACUCGCCUGUGUCUGCUCGUGCCUGUAUCUAAACCACGUCUGACACACACCUGUACUGACUCAUCUGUCACUCUGAGGUGUGAUGUGGGAAACCCUGUGAAUGUGCACGUGACAUGGAGCCGUAACAGAAACACACUGCCAGGACAGACAGGCGCUACUCUGACCAUAACCAAGGCAACGCUCAAACCUGAAGACAGUUAUGCGUGUACAGCGAGUAUUAAAACCAGUGAGGAGAAGAGUGAUGAUGUUCACCCUGAAUGUACAGUGGCUGUGUCUAAACCACGUCUGACACACACCUGUACUGACUCAUCUGUCACUCUGAGGUGUGAUGUGGGAAACCCUGUGAAUGUGCACGUGACAUGGAGCCGUAACAGAAACACACUGCCAGGACAGACAGGCGCUGCUCUGACCAUAACCAAGGCAACGCUCAAACCUGAAGACAGUUAUGCGUGUACAGCGAGUAUUAAAGACAGCGAGGAGAAGAGUGAUGAUGUUCACCCUGAAUGUACAGAUGAUGAUUCCUCUCCAGUGCUCUUGUUUGGGAUGGAGCUAUGGCUGAUGGUGUUGAUUCUGGCUGGUGGAGGUGGUCUGCUCCUCAUCCUCAUCACCUUGGGGUGUGUCUGCAGGAGCCGCAGGCAGCACAAGAGACGCCUAGAAGAGGAGGAGGAGAUGAGACUGGCCCCCCUCACCCAUCCCACACGUCCACCACCAACAAAGGGCCCAAAGCUGACCCCGGCCCCAUAACAGAGCAGCGUCUCAGGCCACACCAAACUCCGGACCUCAAGUUUGACCCAGGUCUCCACAGCAAGCACCAGAUGAUGCUCAGACUCAGCCCAUACCAAUGCCCAGGUGGACAGGACCACGAAACCACAGGAAUUUGCGAUGUGUGUGUGUGUGUGUGUGUGUGUGUGUGUGUGUGUGUGUGUGUGUGUGUGUGUGUGUGUGUGUGUGUGUGUGUGUGUGUGUGUGUGUGUGUGUGUGUGUGUGUGUGUGUGUGUGUGCGUGUGUGUGUGUAUGUGUGUGUGUGUGUUUGUGUGCAAACAUUCGCAAAUUCUUCUUAACCACAGCAACCCCUGGAGUCACAAAAGUGGAAUCUGUCAGAUUUAUUUUCUUUCCUCAAAGUAACACAAACCUGACUUUAUUAGUACUGCAUCAGAAGUCACUAUCAUGACAUUUGGCAUCUAUAGCAUCAUAAUCAGGGAGCUAUAUUUUCAGAUAUUUUUCUGAUGAGAUGAAGAAGAAUAAAUAUCUUUGAUAUGUUGAAACAUAUAGUGCUUGUUCAUCGGAUGUGUUCCUAUGGGUAAUGUAAUUAGUACAUAUCUUGUGAGUUAUAGUCUGUGUAUUGUGUAGCUAUGUGGUGUGUACUGUAUGAUUGUUCCUGGGGUCCUCCUGUUCUAACUGAAUGUUCAGUAAACUGGCCGCUGUGGCUCAGCCUGUCUCUUAGACUCACACCACAUCCUGGCCCUCCAGUGCACUCAACAGGCUGAGUUCUCAUGGGUGUAUAGAUCUCUAUACCACACCUGCAAGACAAAGAAACUGCAUGCUCUGCAGUGCAGAGAGAUAAUGUGUGUGUGUGUGUGUGUGUGUUUGUGUGUGUGUGAGGGAGAGAGAGAGACAGACACAGACAGGCAGAAGAGAAAGAGAAGUGCAUAGUUUCAAGUUGGUUAUGAAUCCAUAAUAAUCCUCUGUGUAUGACAGAGAGGGUAUAAUUGGGUGAAUGUGGGUGUGAGACCUGUGGGUAGGGUGUAAUGUUUACCUUUAGGCAAGAAUAGAUAAACAUAAAUAUAGACAAUAUACACAUUAAAUACACAUUAAGAUGCAGAGCACACUCAAACAAAACAAACAUAUUCUUUAUUAUAAAAAUCCUAUGUCAGCUGUUUUAAUUGCCCAACACUUUUCGGAAAAAAGUGCUAUCUAGAACCUAAAGGGGUUCUUCAGCUGUCCCCAUAGGAGAACCCUUUGAAGAUCCCUAUUAGUUCCAGGUAAAACACUUUUGGU